ACUCCCCUGCUGGUGGCAGCAGCAGCUGCAGCCCCGGAGAUUGUGCGGGACCUGCUUGUCCUGGGGGCCAACCCUGAUGCCGCCGACCACGGGGGCCGCACGGCGCUGCACCUGGCUGCAGCCUAUGGGCACCCCGAAAUCCUCCAGGCCAUGAUGUCCUCAGGGGUUCCUGUCAACGUGGAGGCCAGAAAUUUUGAGGGCCAGACCCCUCUGCACUGCGCUGUGCUGGCCCACAACGCCUCGCUGCAGGGAGGGCACAGCCCCGUGGGGGGCUCUGCAGGGGGGUCCCCCACUCCCCAGGACCGAUUCCGCUGUGUGGAGCUGCUCCUGCUGAUGGGGGCAGACAGCAGCAGCCAGGACACCAAAAGCAGCCUGACAGCUCUGCACCUGGCUGUGAGGGGAGGCAACCUUGCCCUGGCCCACCUGCUGCUGCGCCAGCCUGGCAUGGCCCCCCGCCUGGUCAACAUGAAGGCCCACGGGAACACCCCCCUGCACAUGGCAGCAGCACUGCCUGG